UGAUUUGCGCGAGCACCGGCCGGACCAAUGGCGUUGUGAGAAAAUACAGUUAGUGCGAAAUUUGUAUUUGCGGUCAGUGUGGAUGUGACAGAACGUUAAACGCAGAUCAUUAGCAAGAUGAUGGACGCAAUGUCAGUAGUGACCCAGCUGAGGGAUCUGGCGUCAGAGCCUCAGAAUCGGGUGGCUAUUGCAAAAGACGAGGGCUGUCUUCCUGGUCUUGUGUUGUUCCUAGACCACAAAGACCCUGAAGUAGUGUUUGCUACUCUCCAGACUUUGAGAUACCUGGCAGAAUCGUAUCAAAAUAUUAACUCCAUGAAGAAUGAGCUGGGUAUGAUGGUGAGCCUGGAGACUCUGAUGGAAAAGAAUGGACUGAGUUCUGAAAUCACAGACCUUGCUAAAGAGGUGUAUGAAGUAUUGAGUGCUCCAGAGAGAAGAGAAUCUUUCAGAACUCCUGUACAACCCAUGAGAAGGAAUAAACCUCAGUUCUUCAUCAACAGUUCCAAUAAAAAGGCCAAAACAGUUACCCUGCUCAUACAGGGUUUGGAUGGGACGGAUCGGCGAGGUGUUUGUGAGGAGGCUCUUCUAAAGGUUAAAGGAGUCAUCAGCUUCACUUUCCAGAUGGCUAUGAAGAGAAUCACAGUGCGUGUGCGUGCAGACCUGCCCACUGAGAGCCUGGCAUCGGCGAUUGCUUCAACUAAAGUGCUUUCAGCCCAGCAGGUGGUGAGGAAUGAGAGCGGAGAGGAGAUUCUCGUCCCGCUCAGCACUACAGACACACACAUAGAGGAGAAUAAUCACGUGCCCGAUUAUCUACCAGAAGACGAGAGCCCAGAAAAGGAGAUAGACCGCGCCAUCUCUCGCACUAAUGCCAAACAGGAUGCCAGUGGGAGCUGGCUAAGCUCAGCGGCCAGCUUUCUGACCAAAACCUUCUACUGGUGAAGCUUUGAGCUUUUUGUAAAUAACUAAACCGCAGAAGGAAGGACCACCAAAGGGGAAAAAAAGGACUUUUGUAAUGCAGUUUGCUGAGUUUUAUCUUCUCACCCACUGCCAUAAAAACACCACAUGUGGUAUCAUAAUAUUCAUGGCUACAAGCGUACCGCUUGAUGUCUGGAUUUACCUUUUCUCGCCUUUUUAUGUAACAUUUCAGAAAUGAAAUGUCUGUCCUUCGUCUCUUUGUGUUUGUACGUGUUAUUUUUGUUGUACUGUUACGUUGACUUGUAGUGUAAAUACAUGCCUGUGGACCUAAAUGGACUUAAAUUUGUUCUAUCACAUUUCAUUAAAUAUGUCCAGUAAUAAAGGGAUAUGUUGACUGGAACUAAAACAGAUUCAGGUUUGGUAUGUAAAAUCAUCUGAAUUUAUCAAAGUGCUCAUUUAUUUAUUUAUUGAUUGAUUUAUUGUCGCUGAUGUUUCUGCAACAUGAUGUAUUUUGCAAGUGAAAUUGAUUGUUGGAUAAAAAAGCCAGUUGCAUUCAA